AUGGCCUGGGGCCACUUCACGCGCAAGCAGCGUCUGAUUGCUACCAUUGUCGUUUCGUUCUGCUUCUUCAUAGCAGAGCUCGUUGGUCAGUCGGACGCUUCGCGCUUGGUCAGAACUUCGGCUGACACGAGCCCAGCCGGCGUGUAUACCAAUUCGCUCGCGUUGGUGGCGGACGCCUUUCACUACCUGAGCGACUUGAUCGGAUUCGCCGUCGCUCUGGUCGCACUCGUGGUUUCCGAGAGACCACAGCCGCCACCGAAGGAGUACACGUUUGGAUGGCAGCGAGCCACUCUUCUCGGCGCUUUUUUCAACGGCGUGUUCUUGCUCGCCCUCGGCGUCACCAUCCUCGUGCAGGCCAUCGAGCGCUUCGCCAACAUCAGCCCAAUGGAAAAACCCAUGGUUGUCCUCGUCGUGGGCUGUGUCGGGUUCGUCUUGAACGUCCUGGUCAUGUCCUUUCUCCACGGUGCGUCAACGGGACAAGACUUGCGGAUCGACCUCGUCGCUGACAAGGACGAAGAACAUGAAGGCGAGCACGGACCCGGCCACAGGCGCGGACGCGAAGAUGCAAGCGACUGCACGGAAGAGGCGGCCAUUUCCAUGAGCGACAGGAAGCCUCGCGUUCAAAUCGUACGUCACAAGGCUCCCCCAUCAAAGCAAAGGACGCUGAUGGCGGUCAAGAGCCACUGCGAGCACAAGCACGGCGCCGUCGUCCCUCCCAAGGCCGGUCGAGACCUCGGCAUGCUGGGCGUUUUGGUUCACGUGCUCGGAGACGCCGUCAACAAUGUCGGGGUCAUCGUUGCCGCCGUCAUCGUGUGGAAGGUGGAAGGUGAUGGCCGAUUCUACGUCGAUCCGACCAUGGGGGUAUUCAUCGCCAUGACGAUACUCUUGACGGCGAUUCCGUUGACGAAGCGCAGCGGGGCGAUUCUCAUGGAGACGGCGCCGAGCGACAUCGACUUGCGCGAUGUGCGGCACGACCUGGAAUCGAUUCCCGGCGUCGACUCGGUCCACGAACUGCACGUCUGGCGCCUCAGCCAGCACAAGUCCAUGGCCACGGCCCACGUCGUGCUCGAAGAGGGACACGUACAGAGCUUCGCGGACAAGGCGACGAUCAUGAUGGAGUGCCUGCACGCGUACGGCAUCCACUCGGCCACAUUGCAGCCCGAGGGGUUGCCAGCGUCCGAGGAUGCUCGGCGUCGGUGCGCACAUGGGCACACUUGGGCUUCGUCUUCUCGCCAUGGAUACGAGGCGCAAGGUUCAGAAAUUCCCGUACCGGCACACAUGCGGAGAGUUCGGCCGGAUUGCGCGCUCGGCUGCGGUACGACGUGUGGCGAGAUGCGGUGCUGCCCGCCGAGAAUAGAGGCUGUCGAACACCUGUCGGACCGCUGA